AUGGGGACUAUGAAACCUCUGAGGCAUUGGCCUCACCUGCUGUUCCCGGCGGUGGUGAUUUGCCUCAUUGCCACUACCGUCGUUGUUGCUCAAGACGAUGAAGAGUUGCUACCUAUCAAAAAGCCUCAACUCGGUCAAAUUGAGUUACAUAAGCAUCAACAUCCCAAACAUUUUCCACCUAACCAUUAUCACUCUACACCCCCACCUUCCCCAAAAUAUCGCCACUACCACAAGCCGCCGCCCCAAAAAUAUCGCGGUCACCCCAAGCCAUUGCCUCCCAAGUAUAAGCACCACAAGUCGCCACCACCACCCUACGUCUACAAGUCUCCGCCGCCACCACCCUACGUCUACAAGUCUCCUCCACCUCCUCCAUACAUCUAUAAAUCUCCUUCGCCGCCACCACCAUACGUCUAUAAGUCUCCACCACCACCACCAUACGUCUACAAGUCUCCACCACCACCUCCGUACAUUUAUAAGUCUCCUCAACCACCCCCCUAUGUCUACGCAUCUCCUCCUCCACCAUCUCCAUACGUCUAUAGCUCUCCUCCACCGCCUCCCUACGUCUACAAAUCUCCUCCUCCACCAUCGCCACCCCCUCCUUACGUCUAUAGCUCUCCUCCACCACCAUCUCCAUCAUCACCACCACCCCCGUAUGUAUAUAGCUCUCCUCCACCACCAUCUCCAUCACCGCCACCUCCCUACGUCUACAAGUCUCCUCCUCCACCAUCUCCAUCACCGCCCCCGCCUUACGUCUAUAGCUCUCCUCCACCACCAUCUCCAUCACCACCGCCUCCUUACGUCUAUAGCUCUCCUCCACCACCAUCUCCAUCACCGCCACCUCCCUACGUCUACAAGUCUCCUCCUCCACCAUCUCCAUCACCGCCCCCACCUUACGUCUAUAGCUCUCCUCCACCACCAUCUCCAUCACCACCGCCUCCUUACGUCUAUAGCUCUCCUCCACCACCAUCUCCAUCACCGCCACCUCCCUACGUCUACAAGUCUCCUCCUCCACCAUCUCCAUCACCGCCCCCACCUUACGUCUAUAGCUCUCCUCCACCACCAUCUCCAUCACCACCGCCUCCUUACGUCUAUAGCUCUCCUCCACCACCAUCUCCAUCACCGCCACCUCCCUACGUCUACAAGUCUCCUCCUCCACCAUCUCCAUCACCGCCCCCACCUUACGUCUAUAGCUCUCCUCCACCACCAUCUCCAUCACCACCGCCUCCUUACGUCUAUAGCUCUCCUCCACCACCAUCUCCAUCACCGCCACCUCCCUACGUCUACAAGUCUCCUCCUCCACCAUCUCCAUCACCGCCCCCGCCUUACGUCUAUAGCUCUCCUCCACCACCAUCUUCAUCGCCGCCACCUCCCUACGUCUACAAAUCUCCUCCUCCACCAUCUCCAUCACCGCCCCCACCUUACGUCUAUAGCUCUCCUCCACCACCAUCUCCAUCACCACCGCCUCCUUACACCUAUAGCUCUCCUCCACCGCCAUCUCCAUCGCCGCCACCUCCCUACGUCUACAAGUCUCCUCCUCCUCCAUCUCCAUCACCGCCCCCACCUUAUGUCUAUAAGUCCCCUCCACCACCAUCUCCCUCUCCACCACCUCCCUAUGUUUACAAGUCUCCCCCACCACCAUUUCCAUCGCCGCCUCCACCUCCGUACGUUUACAAAUCACCUCCUCCACCAUCUCCCUCUCCUCCACCUCCCUAUGUCUAUAAAUCACCACCACCUCCAUCACCAUCCCCACCUCCACCGUACUAUUAUAAGUCACCACCACCUCCAUCUCCAUCUCCUCCCCCUCCUUAUAUCUAUAAGUCACCACCUCCACCAUCUCCAUCACCACCUCCUCCAUAUAUUUAUAAAUCUCCACCUCCACCANCCCUACGUCUACAAGUCUCCGCCGCCACCACCCUACGUCUACAAUCCCCUCCACCUCCAUUGAAAUCUCCACCACCCCCUUAUUACUAUAAAUCUCCUCCACCACCAUCUCCAUCACCACCACCUUACUAUUACAAGUCUCCUCCACCUCCAUCGAAAUCUCCCCCUCCACCGUAUUAUUAUAAAUCUCCACCACCGCCAUCUCCAUCACCACCUCCUCCAUAUGUUUACAAACCUCCUCCUCCACCAUCCCCAUCACCACCACCUCCUUACUAUUACAAGUCUCCUCCACCUCCAUUGAAAUCACCACCACCUCCUUACUAUUACAAGUCUCCUCCACCUCCAUUGAAAUCACCACCACCUCCUUACUAUUACAGGUCCCCUCCACCUCCAUUGAAAUCUCCUCCUCCGCCAUAUUAUUAUAAAUCUCCACCACCACCAUCUCCAUCACCACCUCCCCCAUAUGUUUACAAAUCUCCUCCUCCACCGUCCCCAUCACCACCACCUCCUUACUAUUACAAGUCCCCUCCACCUCCAUUGAAAUCUCCCCCUCCCCCAUAUUAUUAUAAAUCUCCACCACCGCCAUCUCCAUCACCACCUCCUCCAUAUAUUUACAAAUCUCCACCUCCACCAUCUCCAUCACCUCCCCCGCCUUAUUAUUAUAAGUCACCUCCACCCCCGUUUUCGUCACCACCACCUCCUUAUUACUACAAGUCACCUCCUCCACCGUAUUAA